AUGGCAAUGUGUGAUGCAAAUUACUGCUUCACACUUGUCGAUGUGGGAAAUUACGGAAAGGAUAAUGAUGCUCACAUUUUUAAUGAAUCUGAUAUAGGAAAGGCUUUCCAUGCAAAACAAAUGAACAUCCCAUCUCCAACAGAAGUGGACAAACAUUACCUUCCAUAUGUGAUUGUUUCAGACGAAAUUUUUGGACUUAGAAGAUGGCUAAUGAAGCCCUACCCUGGAAAGGGUCUUGAUGAACAGCAAGCUGUUUUUAAUUACAGGUUAAGUCACUGUCGAAGGACAAUUGAAAAUUGUUUUGGUAUUUUAUCAGCAAGAUGGCAUAUUUUCAGAAGGCCUAUAAGAGCUGCACCAGAAACGGUUGAUGGUAUAGUGAAAGCGUGCUUAUGCCUGCACAAUUACUUACAGCUAACCGAAAAUGCACAGUAUAUUCCAACAGGUUUUAUCGAUUCAGAAGAUUCAUCAGGAAACAUUAAUCCUGGUGACUGGAGAAGUAUUGUCCAGGAUGAAGAAGGUGUAUUGAAACGUACGCAUACUGGUCGAGCUUUUAACAGAUCAUCACAUAAAGCAAAGGAUAUUCGAGAUAAUUUUAAAAACUAUUUUAAUAGUAAAAAUGGUUCGCUACCAUGGCAAAAAUCUCAUGUAAAUAGCUGCUAA